GUAAACACAUCAUUGAAUGUUGCGAUUUACUAAGAAAAAUUAAGUUAUAUGUACUGAUGAUUCAAUUUACUAAAAUUGGUUGAUUUAAAGAUUGAGAGAGAUUAUAGAGAUUGCUAAAGAUGGGGAAGGUGAAGUUAGAACCUCAACCAUCCAAUAACACAAUGAACCAUUUUAGUCAUCCUGAACACCCUUUAGAGCUAAUUACUCAUCAAAACUUUUCCUCAUCACAGCUAUGUUCAGGGUGCAAAAUUCAAGCCAUUGGAUCAGUCUACAGUUGCAAAUCUUGCAAUUUUUUCCUCCACAUUGAAUGUUCCCAAAUGCCACAACAAAUCAAUCAUCCAUUUGACAAAGAACACACUUUCACUCUCCUCCCAAAGCCAAUUUACCCUGAAGGAAAUUUUCGGUGUGAUGCGUGUGGGGAAACAGGGGAUGGUUUUUCUUAUCACUGCAAAUCUUGUGGCACUGACCUUCACAUACUCUGUGCAGUUCUCCCACAAUGUGUCACUCAUUGGUCUCAUCAUCACCAGCUUGAAAUUCAAUUUUCAUCUCCUUACACCGGUAAUUCAUUCCGUUGUGAUAUUUGCAAGAAUAUUGGAGCCAAUCAAUGGCUCUAUAGAUGUCAUUCUUGUGGUUUUGAUGCUCAUUUGAAUUGUACAAAGUUGCAAAGUCCACCAUAUCAAAAUCAUUUCCAGCCGAUACCAACAAGUAGUACUAAUUCUAGAUCUGCUCCUCAGCAUCAUUCUGCAGGGGUAGAUCAUAUGAAUCAGGGGAUGAAUAACGAAAUAUCGUCCCUGGAAACUCUGCGAAAGCAAAGAGAAGAUGAGGAUAAAUUGAUGUCGGAAAUGAUCAUGGGCGCCGUUUCUCAUGAGAAUCAACGAUUAAACCAACUCAUUGAUGUAGGCUUAGGUCGUACCAAUCAAGGGAUUAACAACGGAACUGCUGCUGCACCGCAAUUUGGGGCAAGUCAGAACUACGAAAUGUCGCUCCCUGAAAUUCUGCGAAAGCAAAGAGAAGAUGAGGAUAAAAUGAUGGCAGAAAUGAUCACGGGUGCUACUUAUCGGCAGAAUCAACAACUAAGCCAUCUCAUAGCUGCUAGUUCUAGGCAUAACCAAGCAAUAAACCAGCAAUUCAACCAAACACUUAUGAAUUAUGGCUCUGCUGCUGCGGGACAAGGAGGAGGAAUCCCAAAUUUAUACCAAAAUUCUAUGGGUGCUGGUGGAUUUAAUAGUGCUUUCGGUUUGAGUGCAUUAUUUGGAAACCUUAAAUUCUGAAAGUUAUUUCAGAAUUCUCACAUGAAAAAACAGUCAAAAUAAUCUUAUUUUUUUUGGUUAAUUAUUUGCUUUGUUUGUGCAUCUACAAUGUAAUUUUAUUUUGUAAUUGGUUGUUGUUAGUUUUUAAGUUAUUGUUGAUUUGAAUAAUGGAAGAUGCACUAAAAAUUUACUUUA